UUGAUCCAUCCAUCCUUUGUCUGCAUUCCCCUUCAGCUUCGAGUUCCAACUCAUGAGGAGGGCACGAGCAUAUUCUGGGAAUUUGCAACUGACUCCUACGACAUCGGAUUUGGACUCUUCUUCGAAUGGAGUCUUACUCCACCAGAGUCCAUCACAAUGACCAUCUCCGAGUCCAGUGACGAGGAGGACGAAUAUGACGAGAACGAAGAGGAGGGAAGUGAGGCGCCGCCCCGACCAAGGCAACGGUCUGGUAAGCACUUUUGCUGUUUUCCGCCUGGGGCAAAGAGGGGCGAGGGCGGCUGGGGUGGAGGAACAGCUUUGUAA